GGGCGCACUCGAAACACUUCGCCCAACACCGCAUCCACCGCGACACAGCCAAGCCAAGCGAGCGAGCAAGCAUGGCCCAGCCGAGCGUCGUGUACGACCUGCUGCUCACCACGCUGCGCGUCCUCGCCUCGCUGGGCGCCGCGUGCUGGCGUUGGGUCCGACCGCCGCGCGCCAAGAGCGUGGCGGGCGAGGUGUGCCUCGUGACGGGCGCCGGCGGGGGCCUCGGGCGCCUCUUCGCCCUGGAGCUGGCGUCGCGCGGCGCCACCCUCGUGCUGUGGGACGUGGACGAGGCGCGCAACGAGGCGACGGCGCGCCGGGUGCGCGCGGCCGGGGCGCGCGCGCACCCCUACACGUGCGACGUGAGCGCGCGGCACAGCGUGUACGCGGCGGCGGAGAGGGUGCGCGCCGAGGUGGGCGACGUGACGGUGCUCGUGAACAACGCCGGCGUGGUGUCGGGCAAGCCCCUUCUCGAGUGCCCCGACGAGCUGCUGGAGAGGACCAUGGCCGUGAAUUGCCACGCGCUCUUCUGGACGACCAAGGCGUUCCUGCCGCACAUGCUGGAGACCAACCACGGACACCUGGUGACCGUCGCCAGUUCCUUGGGUUUGUUCAGCACGGCUGGCAUCGAGGAUUAUUGCGCGAGCAAGUACGGGGCGGUCGGCUUCCACGAGUCGCUGGCGCACGAGAUCCGAGCGAUGGAGAAGGACGGAGUCCACACGACGCUCGUGUGCCCCUACCUCGUCAGCACCGGCAUGUUCCAGGGCUGCCGCAUACGGAAGGAGAUUGAGACGUACAUUCUGCCGCCCUUGAAGCCCGAGUUCUGCGUGAGCCAGGCGAUGAGGGCCAUCCUCACCAACCAGGCGAUGAUCUGCAUCCCACGCCUUAUGUACCUCACCGUCUUCAUGAAGAGCAUUCUGCCGUGGGAGGCGAUCGUCACAUUCUACCGCUUCGUGGGGGCCGACAAGUGCAUGUACCCGUUCUUCGCCGAGCGGAGGCGAGCCCUCAACAACAACCAGAAAGACGCGCCGUGGGACAUGAACUCUCCCGAGCCGGCGUGCAAUGGGCAGAAGGAGAUCUGAGCGUGCGCGUGAAUGUGCGGUUACGUGUGUGCGAUGCUUGCGUGCGUGUGUGUGCGUGCGCGUGGGUCAGUGAGUGCCUGUACAUGUCUACGAGUUUUUUGGUCUUCGAAAGCCAUUAAAAGCGCGUGUCCCUUACCACCUUUCAUUGCGUCAAAGUUGAAAACCAUCAGUGUUAAAAGUAGGGAUGAGGUUUGGGAUUUAACCGUAUGAGAUUUUUUUUAGGACAUGUUUAGAUCAUGACAACGAUAUGAUAAUGUAAGGCGUCUUAGUCCUAUCGAUGGUAGCGUUGCCGCAUGCCACAAACAUGCGAAAGUGACGUCAUGUUGGUUGCACCACUGGCAGUUUUCAGAUCAAUCUGAAAUGGACAAAAUAUUCGGAUCAUGUGAAAGUUAAUUUCAAGGCUGGAUUUUUAGAUAUUUCAGAUUCAAAUAUGACCCUUUUCCACCAUCAGUCAUUGGCAUCUCGACUGUGAUUUUCUUAAAAAUGAAUAAUCAUCUUUGUCAUGAACAUCAAUCAUCAGGUCAUUAUUCGCUCAUUACUGCAAUUACUUCAGUGCAUGGGUGUUACCAGAUUGCCAUCAACAUCAUCAUCAUUAUUUACAUAAUCGUCAAACUAGCAUUGCCACAUCCUUAUCACUAGCAUCUUAUCGUCCUAGACACCAGCAUUGAUACCGCCAUUGUAGGCUACUGACACCAGUACAAUAAGCGAACUGGUCCUGAUCGAGAAACAGAUUGGACUGUCUUCUGCGCUGGCGUUGAUGCAUGGGUUAGGAUUUUUAGUUUGUUGUCCUUCCCUGCACCUCCGAUUAACACGCUUGGCUACAUACGGUGCGAAGAAGCUCAACAUACGUACAUAGUGGUGUCAGCAGUUCAACCCACCCAGCAAGCUGUCAUUUAAAAAAAAAAAACGUACUAUUACCCAGUGACGAUUAUCGCAUCCGUUACAUAGGGGGGCACCACCUCUUGAAGGGUUACACCCAUGUGGACGGUGGCAUGGCCAAGCAGUAGCUCGCUUCUCGCUUGUCGAGGAGCUUUAUUGGAUCGAGCUCAGUGGCCGCCCUGGUUAACAUUGCCCAAAAAAUACUACGCGCCGUCCCGCUUCGUGAUAUAUGUUAAAGGAUCCCGCGGUCGUUAAUUCGAAAAGAAAGAGUAAGCCAAGUGUGCCCGUCUUUAGACCCAUGCCGCCGUCGCCGCCGUGAGAAUUGCCAGGAGGAGAAAAGCGACGACGUGGCUUGGCCGCAUCCUGUAGGCGAGUACGGUGAUCGGUUCACUUGACCCAGGUUGCCACUCGAGGUGCUACAUUCAUCGCUACGUUACAAAAAAACCUAUCGAUUCUUGAAUCAAAUCACUACCCCCCAAAAGGGGGUCGGGACGGGGUGGGGGCAGAGAUUUGUUUGUGGCUGAAUCGAUAGCAACAGACUCUGUGACCUACUUGAACUGAAUAGAAUAUCCGCUGAUGUUGCUGCUGCUGCUAUGUCAAGAUAUCCCUGCUUUGUGUUUCCCUGGCAGACAGCCCGGUGAAACGUGUUACGUUGGGCCAACGUUGGCAUGUGUUUGGGCCAGUAAAAGGGAACGUUGGCCCAACGUUCCGCGUGAACCCAGAGUGUCCUGCAGGGACGUCUUCUGAGCUGCUCGUGAGAAUCGCACAAGAUCACGUGUCCUCGAUCCAACAAGUCCAUGGGCACCGAUGCUGAGAUGCAUUUUGAGACACAUUCAUGCACGUGUUACGUUUUUUUUUUUUUGCACAAGCAAGCACACAGCUAGCUAUACCUUUACUUGCCGUACCUGUACAUGAGCAUUGACCGCGCAGUCGUAUAACAAACGGACGAACGUGGAGACGUGUAAACGGUCGAGUCGUACGACCGUGCAGAUAUUCCGCGGGGACCUCGUGACGCUCGAGGUGCUGAAGACCGGUGACGCGACGUGAGGACGAGUGCGGGGCACGGACAGCACGCCACCAAUGUGGCACGUGGCGAGCCACUCGAGCCACUCGCCACGUGCCACAUUGGUGGGGGUUCGCUCCCCUCCAAGCAGUGGUGGAAGUUUCGCUUUCCCCACGGCUGCCGCGAUGUAACGGUCAGCGCGCUGGAAUUUGCGAUCCAGAGGCCGCGGCCGGUUCGAUUCGACCUCCCGACGCGGCGGUUGAAAACAACGGUGCGGGUUUCGUGAAUUCCUUUGCAACUCUGACCACCGGGUGGUACAAAUAGAGAACGCCACAGCAGGUUGUGUGAUCUGGGAUAAAUGGUGGGUGACUUACACCGCUUUCAAGACAUCUGCCCCCAGGCAUUGAAGAGUUGGCCAAACAGCCUCUCUGAGGAGUUCUCCACGGUUCCGUCGAGUGGAGGCCCUUCCGCCCGGAGGAAAAUUGCAGGGCUGCGCCUUUACCUGUGGCAGGGGUGCGUCAUUGUGUAGGAUAACAACAGGUGACUUGCCACAAAGUGGUAUACAGUGUAUUGACCCCCAGAGGGAUGAAGGGCUCAUUUGAUGUAUGACAAAACGCAACCUUAAAAUGAAUGACAGUAAUUGGGUGCUGCCUAAUCCUUCCUGACACUCCUGCUGUAGGGAUCACACUUAGCCCAGGCCUGCUGGGUUUUAGUUGCUAUCGUUCGCCUAUAGAGAUUAGUUUCGGAUUAAAAAACUAAUUCGGAUGUUGAAUUGUUAAAGGCAACUUUGGACUUUUUCCAGAUCUUCGGAUCAUUUACACGAUGUAACUAUUUUUGCGCGUCUUGGUGCUAACAAGUUACAUCACCCGUGACGCCACUGUUGGGGGGAAAGCUGCAGAGGUGACGUCAUAAAAUGGACGGCACUCUUUGUGACGUCAGGUUUUCGGACCAUCCACAUUUUCGCAUCUCGGCCCGGUUUUCUGAUUUUUUUUGGAUGAAGAAAAAAAUUGUAAAUUCGUCCCAAGUCCGCUGCAGUUUGAUGUCCUCGGAUAUUGAAUCGGUCGCUGUUGACCGUGGCCAGCAGCUCCGAAGCUGUGCUGCAGUAGUACUCCUCUAGGAAAGCUGGUAUCAGCUUCAUAUUCUAGCCCCAUUUUACCAGUAAACAAAACGUGUCACCUCCGUUUCACGCCCUCUGUGAAUCUCUAUGAGUCUUUUACUCCUGGACCACAUCGGUUUCUUCCCUUCUCUAUUCAUAUGUUCACGUCUCUCUCCGUGUCCCUGGAUAUCUUUUUUAUGGGGGGAGGGGGGGCGAGGAGAGGGGGCCUUUUCCCGCAACAGUUUUAUCCAAAUUGUGCGCGCCGCAUCGUGCCGUACGACAAAGUGCCCAUUCCAUACCCGCAGUGUGGUGCAUCACCCCGAGUAGCCCUUGGGCCCUUGGAACAAGCACGGCUUAUCAGCACCACGCAAGGGUGACAUGCUUCAAAGUUGAACCAGGAAUUACGUAUGUAAGCACGGUCACCGUGGUGGCUUUUACGGAAGAAAAAAAGGAAAACGGGUCAUCAAAAAAGGGUACCGUAGUAACUUUUUUUUACAGAAAAUUGUUUUGGUAAUAUAUGAUACAAGGCCGUAAUUAUAAUAUAUAUUGGGGGGGGGGGGGAGACACACCCCCCCCCCCCCAAUAUUAAAAA